AUGAACACGCUUCUUGUCACGUUCAAGGAGUGUACGUACAUCUACGAUGACAUGGAGAACGUAGAUGGCUACUUGAACUACCUUGAAAUGAGUCUACUCAAAUUCAUUGGCUAUGUUGACGACGACCUGAAGAAGAACGGAAUUGAACACUACUUCAAGAGCAUAGCACAGGCUGUGAAGACAACUGCGGCAGCAAAGACGGCAUUCAAGAGGGCAGUCAAAGUCAGCGAGGUGCUUGAAGUCUCACCAGCUGUUACUGCUCAUUUUAAGGUUAAAAUGAGUGAAGCAAAGGCAGACGCAUUUUUCAACUUGUUAAAGAACGGAGAUGAAGACGGAGAAGACGAGGAGAAGAAUGCGGCCGUAUUUGAGUAUUUUGUGACUGAAGAAGAGACGGCAUCUGCCACCGUAAACAGGCUACUUGAGAAGUCGACCAGAAUAUUUGUGUCGUACAAGGAGAUCAUCAAAGAGAACGAGCUGUCCAACAUCCAGGACAUUCUGAUAGAUCACAUCAAGGCAUCUGUUGAGGAGCAGAGCUUUGGAACCUACGACUUCUUCAGGCUUCAAAUUACGGAUGUACGAAAGUGCCUUGGAAGCAGAAAGUCGCCUAAAAACAGGAUACUCGACCGAUUUCUACGAGANGUAUUUGAGUAUUUUGUGACUGAAGAAGAGACGGCAUCUGCCACCGUAAACAGGCUACUUGAGAAGUCGACCAGAAUAUUUGUGUCGUACAAGGAGAUCAUCAAAGAGAACGAGCUGUCCAACAUCCAGGACAUUCUGAUAGAUCACAUCAAGGCAUCUGUUGAGGAGCAGAGCUUUGGAACCUACGACUUCUUCAGGCUUCAAAUUACGGAUGUACGAAAGUGCCUUGGAAGCAGAAAGUCGCCUAAAAACAGGAUACUCGACCGAUUUCUACGAGAGAAGCGCGAGAAGACGGUGCUUCGCCUGAGCAACGAGCUUGAGAAGACCGUGGUCAACGCAAAAAGUGGUGAAGACAAAACAAACAAAGUUGUUGCUGUGUUUAUGCACAUUCUACACCUGUUGGACAAGACAUCGAAGGAGAGUCUGAAGGACAUUCUGUUUGAAGCCAAACAGCAGAUAAUGAACGACCAGGUCACAUUCUACUUCCUACACAAAUUCAUCAGAAUGCGUGAACCAGACUUAGACAAGGCCAAUCGUGAGGUAGCCACCAGAAUCCACGACCAGUUCAAGUGCCUUAAGGAUGAAAUUUAUCAGUGA